UCGGGUAGAUAUCAUCUCAUCCUUAUCGUUUCUCACUACUGUCAUUCCUCCCUUUUUAGGGACCACAUGCACGGGACUAACCCAAGUACUAUCAGAGAUAGGGUAAAUAAUACCUGCAUCCAAUAGCUUCAUUACCUCCUUAUGCACUACUUCUUUCAUGUGAGGGUUUAGUCUCCGUUGUGCCUGGACGGAGGGCUUGGACUCCUCCUCUAGAAGGAUCUUAUGCAUACAAAAUGCUGGACUAAUGCCUUUGAUGUCGGCAAUAGUCCAACCUAAAGCCUGUAUGUGCUGGCGUAAGACCUUCAAGAGCUCCUGUUCCUGCGAAUCAGUCAGUGUAGCAGAAACAAUAACAGGUAAAGUGGAGUUUCCCCCCAGAUAUGCAUACUUAAGGUGACUAGGCAAUGGUUUUAGUUCCAAUUCUGGGGCCAGCACCGAGGAUCCUCAUGAACAUCUCCGCCGGUUUGCAAACAUUUGUGACACAAUGAAGAGCCCGGCUAUGUCUGAUGAUGCCAUCCGUCUUCGGAUGUUCUCAUUUUCUCUGCUUGGGAAUGCAUCACACUGGUUCCAGAACUUGACACCCCGUUCCAUCACAACAUGGGGUCAGCUUGAGAAGACCUUUUUGGAUAAGUACUUUCCUCCUGCCAAGGCAAUGAAGAGGCAAGAGGAGCUUCUAAUGAGAUGCCCAAGCCACGGUCUUGAAGAUUGGAAUGUGAUCUCCAUCUUCUUCAACGGAAUCAGAAGACAAUUUCGAGAUGCUCUGAAUAAUGCUUCCCGAAAUGGUUUCACAAGAAUGGAAGCACCAGAAGCAUAUGAACUGGUGGAGAAGAUAUGCUCUGAAGAUACUGAAUGGGGGAGUGAGACCGGCAUUCGAAGGAGAGGAGGCUUGCAUGAGAUAGACAGAGUUGCAAGCUUAGAAGCAAAGAUUGAUGCUAAGCUGGAUUCCAAGUUCGAUGCACUCGAACGAAGGCUAGCCAAGAUUGCUCUGGGUAGACAGGAGGAGGUUGCUUAUUGCGAGUUAUGUGAAGGUGCUCAUCAGAGGGAUCUAUUUCCACUGGUGGCUGAUCAGGUGGAAGAUGUGCACUAUAUCAACAAUCAGAGAAAUCAAGGCCAGGGUGGUAUGUAUUCGAAUACCUACAACCCACAAUGGAGGAAGCAUCCUAACUUUUCCUGGGAAAACAACAACCCAAAUGGUGCUCGCAACAUUCCACCUCCAGGCAUGCAGAAACAACAACCUCCACCUCAACCAGAGAAGAAACCACAACUUGAAGAAUUGCUUCUGGCUCACAUGCAGAAAACCGACAAUAAUCUGAAGGGCCUGGAUCAGUUUGUCAUUCAACAGCUAGCCAUCAACAAUAAUUUACAAUCUUCUAUGCUAGCUAUGGAGAGGCAGAUGGGACAGAUGGCUCAAACUCUGGCGGAUAUGCAGGGCAGGAUUCCUGGGACAUUACCGGCUAACACCGAGAGGAAUCCAAAAGAUGCUAAAGUUGUGGCAGUGACAUUGAGGAGUGGAAAGGCCUUGGAUGACCCUAGCAGCUCGAAAAAGGCACCAGAGGCAGAAGAGGAAACUCUUGAUUUGUCUCUUUGUGUCGUUAUAUUUUAUCUGAAGUAAAAAGAUAUUAUUAUUUAUGUGUGUACUUCUUUAAAUUUUUCAUUAAAAUCUAACUUAUUAUUAAGUUUUGGUUAAAAUGAGUAGAUAAUUUACUUGAUAAAAUUUAAUCAUAUAUUUUUUGUUUAAACAAACCCGAUAUUUGUCAUUCUUUGUUCCAUCUUUAUAUUUUGUUUAAUUGACAAAAAUAUUAUUAUUUUUUACAUGUUUUUAUUUACAUUUUCAAUGUAGCUUAUUAUUAAUGUUGAGUAAAAGUGAGCAUAAAUACUAAAAGAAGAGAGAUAGCUUCAUAAAUAGAUUAAUAAUAAAUUUUUUUGUUAGUAAAAAAAUGUCCACCUAGGCAACUUGUUAUUUCUCCAAGUGCUUAUGUGGCAAGAAGUUACUUUUGAAUUGUCAUAAUAUAUAGUAUAGAAGAUAGAUAGAUAGAUAGAUAGAUAUAGAUAGAUAGAUAUAGAUAGAUGUUUUGUGGUGAUGUGCAAGUGAUUAUCAGGAUGCUUAAUUAGAAGGAUUCGCCACAUGCUUUAGGGGGAGCCAUAUUCAGGGAGAUUCUUGUGCUGCCCUCCUCAUUUCAUUGUGUUUCGUUUCAUUUCGCGUCGCGUAGGUAUAAUAAGACUGCCCAUAUCGUGGUAAAACAAGACACUCUUAUCAUUGGAUUGACUUCUCAUUGGAUUGACUUAUCCUGAUGAUGUGCAAGUGAUCAUCAGGAUGCUUAAUUAGAAGGAUUCGUCACAUGUUUUAGGGGGAGCCAUAUUCAGGGAAAAAAUCCAAAAGUACCACUGUUUAAAAAAAAAUUCAAAAAUACCACCCAAUCCCAAAAAAAUCCAAAAAUACCAACCUUUUUCAAAAACCGCCACCCCACCCUACGGUUUAAACGAAAACCGCUGGGCAGGGCACGAUUUAAACCAAAACCGCUGGGCGGGGGCACGGUUUUCUAUGCAAACCGUUGGGCUAAGGGGCAGUUAUAAAAACCGGACCAAACCGCUGGGUGGUGCGGCGGUUUUGGACCAAACCGCCACCCCACCCAGCGAUCUUGCAAGAUCUCGAAAAGUUAUUCGUAUUAAAAAAAAAUCGCUACGAUCGGAUACCCGAGUGCAAAGUUACGUUCAUUUGAAGUUUCGGCCGAAGUUAGGAGUUGAUCGAAAAAAAACCCGGACCAAACCGCUGCGUGGGGUGGCGGUUUGGUCCAAAAUCGCCGCCCCACCGAGUGGUUAGGUCCGAUUUUUAUAACCGCCCUUAGCCCAGCGGUUUGCAUAGAAAAUCGUGCCCCCGCCCAGCGGUUUUCGUUUAAACCGUAGGGGGGGUGGCGGUUUUUGAAAAAGGGUGGUAUUUCUGGAAUUUUUUGGGGUUGGGUGGUAUUUUUGGAUUUUUUUUUUAAACAGUGGUAUUUAUGGAAAAAGUCCCAUAUUCAGGGAGAUUCUUGUGUUGCCCUCCUCAUUUCAUUGUGUUUCGUUUCAUUUCGCGUCGCGUAGGUAUAAUAGGACUGCCCAUAUCGUGAUAAAACAAGACACUCUUAUCAUUGGAUUGACUUCUCAUUGACCAACAACCCUAUCUUUCUUCUAUUUUUGAUUGACCUGCAAAGGUCCAUUGUAUUAUAUCGUAUCUUGUUGUCAUUUUUUGUGAAUAAAUUGUGAAAAAGUGG